AGAGCUUAGUGAAGUAGUUAGCCUGUUAGUCAGUUAACUAUCUAGACUACUAGCCGGUCAGGGUUGUUGUGGGAGGAAAAGCGAAGAUCGCGAUUCGCGCCCGACCAACCGAGCGACCGAGCGACCGUUCAGAGGCGAAUGCACGGUUAAUCAGAAGGGCCGAGACAACGACCUAACUAAGACGGCUAGGACCUCGGCAUUGGCGGGGGUCUGUCUUGGUUUCAGGUGUUUGUUGUUCCUGUUGCUGGUGCUGGUGUUGGUGUUGGUGUUGGAGAUAGAGAUCUAGGGCGCAGGGACAGCGUGUUUCAUGCUUUGUUCACUGGAUGAGUGGAAACAAAGUGCUUGAUGGUUGAUGCAUCCAUCAGCUGGUUGUGUGGCAUGCAGGUUGACUGGUUGAGUGGUACCUUUGUUCUCUGGGUGUAUGUACGUACGUUGGGGGGGGUUUUCUAUCUAUAUCGAUCGCGGACUAGGAUACCCAUGAUUGUCAUGUCAUGUGUGUCAUGUUUGCGAUCGGUGUAUCAGUGUGGCUCCGUACUUCUGACUGUUGAGUGCUGUAGAUCGAUUGUAUGUAUGCAUGGAUGGAUGGAUGUAGGUACUUUACGGUCAAACGAUCUAAUUGUAGACGGUGUUGCAUAUGUACCCCUGGAUUUAGCAUCCUCGCUUAAUUUCCCACUACGCAGGAUGGGUUCAGCUUCGAUAUGCGAAAGAGAUGGAUGGAUCAAUGGGAUGGAGGCCGGUCAAAGCUUCAUUGCCCCGGAGUCCACUGCGCACUAUGAUCUGAGUCCAUCCAUAAUCAGCUGUCUGUGCUCUGUCCAGCUGUCAGUGCCAGUGUCAGUGCCAGACGCCCGACAUAAGUACGACGAGGAGACUAUCACAGCGACUAUUAGAAACGCGGUGGAUCGGGGGAUGAAAUGCAAGGCGGGUGAUUGGCGGCAUCAGCAGGACAAUGAAACGGCGACAAAGAGUGUGCCCUGAGGCUGGCAGAUGGGCGAGUAACCUCCUGGAAUUGUGUGGUUGACAGCCAGCCCGGCCAGCCAGCCAAGCCCGCCCUGGCUGGGAGACCGACUUCCAGUCGUCCUUUGAACCUGCCGGGCGGGAAAAGGUCUAGACCGUCGCCGGGACUAAUUUCCCCGGGGGCAAAAUG